CCCCCACCUCCCCCACCUCCCCCCCGUGCGCAUCCCUCUCUCCUCCGGACCGCAGCGCAACCUGCCCGACUUCUCUUUUCUUUUUUUUCUUUUUUUUUUGGUGAAGCAAAAUGGCGACAGUGUGAACGAGGGGAAGACGGGCAAACGGCGUGACGGCGCAAUGGCAGCCGGGAGGAGGACGCGACUGGCCGUCCUGAGGUGAUUUCAGCUACCCAGGCGCCGGCCGGGUGAGACCGCUUGGGUCCACCGAGGCCCGAAUGAAGCACCAGGGCCGAGAGGGGCCGACGUCCCGGGCGCAGCGGUUAUGGAGCGCUUCCUCCACUAAGGGGCAGGAUCGGAUCACUGAUGCACUCGGCCCUCGCUCCAAGGGACGAGGCAUCGGAAAGCAGCGCCGGGAAAAGAACGUAUCGGCGCUAUGUCUGAUCUGAGAGGAAACGCACCAGAGGACAAAGACGUGGAGCGGCUGUCUGACAGCCCAGGUCGAACUCAGGAGCCAUUACAGAGUCACACAUUCUCCCCGAAGAACAAUGCUGCCGGUCUGUCCUCGGAUGAACACGAAAACCCUUUAAAUGGAACCCAGCCGAAUCCAUUUGUAUACAGCGGGGCCCCCGCUGUUCCCCAUGCAGGCAAUUCAUUGCCUUCAGGAGCACUUGUUAAUGGACCUGGUUCACACCCCAACUCAGAGGUACACUGUGUCCUGAACAAAGGCACUGUUUUAUCCAACAAUGUCCUGGAUGCCGCGUGGCAAGCGGGGACGGACACGAGCCCCGAGGUGUUACCACCACCUAGUGAGCUUCAAUCAGACGCUUGGAAGAACACAGCGGGGCCCGUCUUGAAAACACUGGCCACACAGCCAGGUGUCAACACGCCGCUGUCUCACUCGCCGGAGAAUGAGUCCAAACUGGCCCGUCCCGCUCCGUCGGGUGCAGGUGGCGCGGAGCAAAUGCGCAUUAGCCGACCCUUGACAAAGCAGACCACGAAAACAGGAUCUCGCCGGGACGCGGAGCGGUCCGAGAGCUCCUCGGACGACCACGAGGACGCCGAGGCGGUCGGCUGGGAUUCAGCGAGCGAGCGCUUCUUGCACAGUGACAGAAGGCUGGAGACCGGAGUGAUGCACCGGGGGGACGGGAAGCACAACACGCAUGCAAAAAGCAUGGCAGCCUCUCUGGAAAAGGUUAACAGCAGCUUAAACCACACACGCAGACGCGCCUGUUUCUGCAGCGAUGCUGGAAACGUUGACGUCGCCGACCAAGAUGAGGUUGUGGGUGCCCGAUCUGAUAUUAAAGACUCUGCGGUGCCACUCAAGGAUCUUUCUAGGAACACCGUGUCAGACUCUCUGCACUGUAUUUACAGCACGGCAGCACAGGCGGGCUGUAAUGAGCGAAAUGACCCUGAAGAUGAACACAAUUGCACCUCUGAAGAAGACCGUUUGAGGACGGAAAAAGUCCAACGAGAUCCGCUUUUCUUUUCAUGCACAACAUGCAAUGUUAAUUUCAAGGAGAGGAGACAUUUCCAUAGACAUAUGAUGUAUCAUUUAAGCAAGCAUAAUCAGGUGAACAGUGAGAACGUCUCGCUCCCCUUUAUAUGCAGCGAGUGUGGGCGUUUGUUCUGCGAUAGCAGCUCCCUCAUGAGACACAUCGUUAUUCACCGAGACGGGCUAGAAAAAGUUCGGGGGGGAAUCAAAGAUCUCAAAAACGCCGAGUUGGAAGACGGGGGCGCCACAGUGCGUUGCCCUCGCUGCACACCUGUGUGUGAUUGCCCUAAAAUCUCCGUCCAGCACGCCAAAACGCGCGACAAUCUCAAGCACUACUACUUCUGCGAGGAGUGUAGCUACAUAACGCUGACACAGCAGGCACUCGAAGCACACUUGGACACGCACAGGCUUCGACACAGGGAGAUGCCUCCAGCUGACGAUGCCGAGGAAGCGGGCCGCGUCCGGUUUUGGCGCGAAGCGCGCUUCUUCGCGGGCAGAGACGACGUAGCGCCGGGAGGACGUUGCGAGCUGGAGCGUCUGCGUUCGCUUGGUAAUUGCCUAAAGGGCGCCGACCAGCCUGAUCCGAAUCUGCAUAGGUCGACUUUUGUGGAAAGGCCCCAUUUCCCCAAAAGGGGGGACUUUUGCAUCGGGACGUCCAACGACACAGCUGUAAAUCCUGCUCUGUGUAACGGCGGCGUCGGCUGCGCCGAGAACACGCCACCGCCGCGUGUGUGGAGGGUCGACCGGCAUGGAAAAUUACUCCUGCAGACCGCAGCAAAAUUAGAUGCAGCAAAAGAUCUCACCUGCAUGGAGGAAGACAAUGACUGCGAGGCUUUUGGCAGCUCCGAGCGGGUCGGCGAGUUCUUACCAUCAAGUCCAAAAUUUGUUCAGAAGCUCCGUCAGGGAGGCGAGAACGUCCCGGCAAGCCGGAGCCUGCAAGCGCGAGCAAACCCAACUUCUCUGUCGACGGGAAAAAGGUCAACGCCCCUGAAAAACACUGGCGCCAAUGUGAAUGGCGGUGACGCCGGGAACGCCGCAGGCCGCUUCUUGGGAAGCGGGAAUGCGAGCAACCCGUACGCGCGGAGGUAUUUCACAAAGAGGCAAAGGUUUUCAGCCAAAGACCGAAGCCCUCGCGUGCUCAAGGACGAAGAGGACGGAGGUGAAGACUGUAGUGACAUAGAGCAGCUCAUCAUCAAGGAGGAGCACUUGGACACCACAGCGUGUGACGGUUCCCCAGAGUCGCCCCCAACGUCCGCGCGGUACAGCUUUGACGUUUUCGCCUCACCAGCGCCGGAACACAAGCGCUGUCCCUACUGCCCGGCCUCGUUCGAGUCGGGUGUGGGCCUGUCGAAUCACGUGCGAGGGCACCUCCACAGGGUCGGCUUAAGCUACGACGCCCGGCACACGGUCUCGCCGGAGCAAGUGGCACUGCGGGACCAUCAGCCACGCGUCCGCAGAAGGAUCCCCAGUGGCACGAGGAGAAUGAUGAAAGCUGUUAAGCCAGAAACCCAAGGAGAGCACAAAUGUCCCCUGUGCAGAGGUUGGUUCGAUACGAAGACCGGCCUUACUAACCACGUGAGGGGACACCUGAAGCGAAUCGGUACGAGUGUCGCCAGCAACGGCAAGUCCCCGCUGUGCAUCCUAAAGGAGCUGCUCCGGGACCAAAAGGAACAUCAGAACACCCUCCAGGUCCUCGAUAAGAGGAAAUCCCCCUCACGCAUCAGCAGCGACCGCCUGAUCCUGAUGCACGUGGCCGUCCCAGUGAAAAUCCAGUUGGAGAUGAGGAGUCCACGUCCCGUGUCGGACAGCUUCGUGGCCAAACAGGAGGCCUUCUCGGAUAGGAGGCUUCAGGUGGCGGCGCAGCGAGGCCCCGAGGCCUCCUCCAGCACUCUAGUUGAACUGCUCAGGGUGAGACAGAGAAGCAUGGAGCUGUCGGCGAGAGGAAACCAGGAAGACUUCAAACCCAGGGACCUCUGUGAUUUCCCCAAAGGUUACACGGAGGCACCAAACUGGGCUCAUGGGGCGUGUGAUUCCAGUAAGAUUUGUAUUGAGUGUAACGGCGCCGUCCCCGGGCUUCCGGCUCAUCUUCAGGCCUACGCACACAGGAAGAGGACGGCCGCAUUUCAAGGACACGGCUGCGAUUACCAGCCGAAGAAGCCGAGGCCUGGGCCAAAGAAAGACGUGCCACCCUCCCUGAGUGCUGAGGAUUACACCUUCACCUGCAGAUUCUGCGACCUCGUCUUCCACGGUCCCCUGUCUGUCCAGGGGGACUGGAUCAAGCACCUGCAGAGGCACCUUCUGCACACCGGCGUGCCGCACUCAGGGACCGGGAUGGUUGAAGUUCUGGGUCUUGGUCGUGAUAUGCACAUGAGUAUCUGCCGUGAGCGCGCAGAUCUCGACUAGAGUUUUACCCCUCGAGGACCUCCAGCGGCCUGAAUUUGCACUUUGUUUUGGACUAGUCCUGCAACUGUUUUUAGGAAUACAUAAGACUGAAUCCAGACAAUGUAAUAAUAGUAGUAUAUUGAUAAUAUGAUAUAUGAACUAUUAGCCAAUCGUUUGUGUUGGAUAUCUAAUACUCUGCUUUGCUUUAUAAAUUUAGCUAAUCCAACUUUUGGGCUUAAUCUUCUUGACUGGUUUGCAGAAGCUGGUCUGGCAGUGCAGAACUGCCAUUGUUGUAAAAACAUCUGUCGUGAUAAAGAAAAGUGCCUCUUUAAAAAGCAUGUUCAAAUGACAAAACAUUCAAAUAUCUCAAUUUCGUGUAACUUUUUAAUGUCAUAAGCAGAACAUUUCUCAUUAUAAAAAGAAACAUUUCUCAAUAGCUUACUCUCUUUUCAUGAGAACCUAUUUUUUUGUCACAACAACAAAAGCUAAAAGGAGCAUGCAUAUAUUGGCAAAACACACGAGCAUUUCAAUUGAGUUCACGCCUCGCUUUCUUCUGGAGACGACAUCAAAUCAAACGGCGCUCGCUCCCGUCGCCGAGCGGUGUACACGGGGCUGUCGUUAGCUGCCGGAUGCUUUGUGGGAUUUCACCUCCCUGCGCCUGCAUCAGAGCGAGCAUCUCUCUUAAUCAAAGCGACAUUCAUUAUGUUGGGACAGCUUGUUCUGUCACUGUUCUCCUGCUUAACCUUCACCCAUCAGCGCAGCUUCUGAAAUCCGGCUCUCAUUACAGCCGCGAUAGCAACGUCUUUUUAUAAUGAGGAAUACUCUCUGGUUAUAACCAACAAGCGCUGCCGGUUAUAACAACGGCGUGUGUUGUUGGGAUUACUCUGUACAUGUGAAAGCUUCGUUCGUGGUUGGGUUGAUUCUUAUUUUGUUUUUGUAUCAAUGGAAGAGUUCUUUUUAAAACAGAGCUACGCUUUGUCUUUCUAUGUGUUUAUCUUCCCAAUUCUGAUCGCAACAUUUUUCAAGUUCAGUUUCAAGUUCAGAAUAAGAAAGUAAACAUUAAUAUAUACUAUAGCAACAAUAUGAAUGUAUAUGUUUUAUUCAGUAAUGCAAUAUAAUGUUAGAAUGAAGGAUUUAAGUAAAUCAAUAGAAAUAAUCAAUAUUAAUAAUAAUAUAUAUAUAAUAUUCAACUUUUUAAAAAAUGUGUAGACGUGUAGAGCGCCCUUAUGCAGAAUUAAGCAUUUCUAUAAACUAUUUCUAUUACUUCCUUACUCAGGCUUGAAAGUUUUUAGACUUGCUCAGAUUCUCACUUUGUAGAUGUUUGUAUAAAAAAUCUGUGACAUUGAACUUGCAUGAUUUUAAAGUGUCACUAGAUUAAAACAACAAACAUAAAUGAUUCUUAAAUCAGCCGCAUUUAUUAGUGAUGCCCCGCUGAGUCCAACAUGUAAUGUAGGUACGGGAGACAUUGACCGUGUAUAGAGAGGAGGUCCAGAACCGACCCGAGGGCGGCGGCGCACUCGUCAGGGGUCCACUGAGACGUUGGUGGAGCCGACCAAAGGUUUGGCUCCAGUGAGCAGCCUGGCUGCGAUUUGGAAACCAAAAAGCUCAAUUUGCAACAGAGCAGUGAGCCAAACGUCGUUGGCCAGCCGAGGUCGGGGUGAACAAGAAUGCCGGUGAAUUCAUAGUUGAAGGUUGGCUGCGCUGAGUUUCUGAUUGAUAGAUUUUCAUUCAUUAGGUUUCUGUUUUGGAAACUCGAUAUGGAGAGCCGACCAGACGCGUCUGAAGGAAAAGGACGCUCUCCCUCUGCACGAGCUCUGUUUUUCUGUUUAAUUCCGAUAAAUCUGUAUGAGAAUAAGAAGUCAUUAGUUCAUGUCAAUAAAUGAUCAUAAUGCUUCCUUCAGUCA